UCUCCUGUGAACCUGUGAAAUCCAAAGUUUGCCCGUGGUUAUCGUUCAGCAGUAACCAGGCAACUAUCAAGCCAAUGCGGACUCUGAAGACACUGACGGGCUCUAACAUUAGCGGCUUAUAUGUUUGUACAUGCUGUUAGCGUUCAACAGACUGAGGAGUACACAGAGACUCAUUUCUCGCUGAGCGUUUAUUUCGAGGAUAAACAGAAACAGUUUACUCUGAACAGUUUUUAAGAAAGUUUAUAUGCCAUACUAACGCCUUGCUAAUAAUUUGUUUUAAGUUAAAAUGUUUAACCUGGAGCAUUUAAAGUGAAUUUGGACGGUGAGGAGCGGCCAGAUUUUUACUCAUGGGGUUGCAUCGUUUGAAUAGACAAUCUUUGGACAAAUAUUAAUUCUCUCAAGCUUCUCAUCAUGUUAAAUCACUGUGUCAGACGCGCUUUCACAUUAAAAACCUCGCAGAGCAGAACAGCAGCGAACCUGCGGCUCAACAGAGGACGCUGCAGUGCAUCAUGGAGUGAGGAUUUGGAUGAGGUCAGGACUCUGCUGCAGCUCUGCCUGGACAGACACUACAUCUCACGGGGUCAGGCUAACGCCGAGCUGUUUCGGCGUGGGAUGAGCUGCAGCUAUGGACCUCUGGGCAUGGAGCUGAGGAGAAACCUGCUGGAGCAGUGGUGGCUCUCUGUGACCAGGUCCACAGCUCAGGUGUUUGGGAUCAACACCCUGAGCAGCAGCAAGGACAGAGAAACAGACGGAGUAGGACAACUGAGGAUGGUUGAGUCUGAAAACUUAAAACAAAUACUUGAGCAACAAGAGCUGAGCAAGGACCAGAUCAUCCAGGAGGUGCAAAUGCUGCUUCAGAGGUCGCCAUCUGUGAGAACAAACUUACUUCAAGGUGCCUUGGAGCAGUUUGUCCCCUCGUUGGAGCUGGUGAACACGAAGCUGCCUUUUGGCCUGGCUGAGACUGGUCUGUGUUUUCCGUCCUCUGACGGUUCUGGUUGCCCUGCUGAGGUCACUCAGACGUCUGUGGUGUGGUUCUGCUCUCCUCGCACCUCCUCGCAGUGGCUGGAUCACUGGACACGACAGAGGCUAAAGUGGUGGAGGAAAUUUGCCCUGUCUCCGUCCGACUUCAGCAGCUGUGACAUCCCGGAGGAGGAACUUGUGGUGGCGGCGUCUCGUGGUGUGAGGAUCACCUACAACUUCCCGUGGGGACAGGAGCCUCUGGAGACCCUGUGUAGCCGAGGAGAUGCUGAACUGCUGCAGACACACAAAGGAGCACGAUCCAAACUACAGUGUCGAAAUGGGCGCAAGACAGUUCCUCACGUUGUCUCUGUAACUGGGAACAUGGACCGUGGUUUGAUGGCCUUCUUGUCCAACUCACUGCAGCUGCUGAAGAGAGAAGACGGCAAGCAGAGGCUGCAGCAGAGAAAGGUGCUGAAGUUGCAUCCAGUGUUGGCUCCAGUCAAAGUGGCUUUAGACCUUGGCAGGGGAGCCACUAUGGAGCUGAGACAGGUUUGUGAGGGCCUUCUUCAAGAGUUUAUGGAGGCUAAGAUCUCUGCAUGGCCUGGGUAUCUUGAAACUAUGCCAACAUCAAUGGAGCAGCUGAAUGCCAAGUACGAUGAGAUGGGAGUGCUUUUCACUGUGGUGAUCAGUGAGAACACCUUGGAGAGCGGCCUCCUUCAGGUCCGCAGUAGAGACACCACCAUCAAAGAAACUAUGCACAUCUCUGAGAUUAAGAACUUUGUCUCCAGAUACAUUUCUGCUGCCGAAAAAAUCUGAAUGGACUUUUUGUUGGAGCAACUAUAAUGUGUCUGAUUAUUGUGCUGCCUUGGUUUUGCAUCUUGUCUACACACAAAGCGAUUGCACAUUGGCAGCCUCCUUUCAGUACACUUAAGGCAAAGAGGUGGAUAAUUUGUGUUUUAACUAUGUGAUCAGACAGUGGUGCUCAUAUUGGAGGAUUGCUAUAUUUGUUUGUAUUUGUA